CCCAACUUGCUCGUUGUUUUGAAUAAACUUUAUUGACUAUCCUGAAUUGUCUGCCACCAACACCAGGCUUCAAGCCGGCCACUUUUUGGGGUCGUCUUGCUCUGACCCGGGGACGGGUGCAUCCUCCUUCCUCUUUGAUUCUGCUCCCUGCUCUCUCCCGCCGGUUCAGAGGCUGCACCACCUCGCUGGUUGGCGGGGCGAGCGGCGGACUAGGCCUGAGCCUUGUGCUCUCCCGUAGGCCCCGAGCGGCCGGGCCGGGGGUGUGUGUACGUGUGUGUGUUUGUGACGGGAGACAGUGGCGUGGAGGAAGCCGGCCGGAACCCCUGCGGGCGGCUGCACCUCUUCCCCCAGCGGGUGGCGGCUGGAGCAGGAGCGAGCGAGGCUUUCGCGGCGGCGUUGACGGUGUCUCUCCCAGAAUUCGGCGCGCGCCGCCGCCGGGCCCGGAACUGGCCGGCGAGCCUCGGUUGAGAGAGGCGCCGCGCCGCCGUGGAGCGAGCCCGGCCGUCGGGGUGUCGCUGGCACCGAGCUCCGCCGGCGUGAGGAGUCCCUGAACGGCUCCGGAUUGAAGACGUUCUGUGGUCAGGUUUGGGGCGUGAGGAGCUUCCUGUCAGUUGGGGGAGGCGUGAGGAGAUCCCCCCACCGUCCGGAGAGGACGCGUGCGGCCGUCUGUCUCUGCUGUCCCUCUUGACAUCACGACCCUGGCCCUCCGCAGAACGCUCCCAGGCAGGGCGAAGAUGGCCUCAGUGCCAGUGUAUUGCCUCUGCCGGCUGCCUUACGAUGUGACCCGCUUCAUGAUCGAGUGUGACAUGUGCCAGGACUGGUUUCACGGCAGUUGUGUUGGUGUUGAAGAAGAGAAGGCUGCUGACAUUGACCUCUACCAUUGCCCGAACUGUGAGGUCUUACAUGGACCGUCCAUUAUGAAAAAACGCCGUGUUUCUACCAAAGGUCAUGAUGCUCACAAGGGAAAGCCCGUGAAGACCGGGAGCGCUUCAUUCAUCCGGGAGCUCCGGAGCCGGACUUUCGACAGCUCAGAUGAAGUGAUUCUGAAGCCCACUGGAAGUCAGCUGACUGUGGAAUUCCUGGAAGAGAAUAGCUUCAGUGUGCCCAUCCUGGUCUUGAAGAAGGAUGGGUUGGGGAUGACUCUGCCCUCGCCAUCAUUCACUGUGAGGGAUGUGGAACACUACGUCGGUUCUGACAAAGAGAUUGAUGUGAUUGAUGUGACUCGCCAGGCUGACUGCAAGAUGAAACUUGGCGAUUUUGUGAAAUAUUAUUACAGCGGGAAGAGGGAAAAAGUCCUCAAUGUCAUUAGUUUGGAAUUCUCUGAUACCAGGCUUUCUAACCUUGUGGAAACACCCAAGAUUGUUCGAAAACUGUCAUGGGUUGAGAACUUGUGGCCAGAGGAUUGUGUCUUUGAGAGGCCCAAUGUGCAGAAGUAUUGCCUCAUGAGUGUGCGGGAUAGUUACACAGACUUUCACAUUGACUUUGGUGGCACCUCAGUCUGGUACCAUGUGCUCAAGGGUGAGAAGAUCUUCUACCUGAUUCGCCCAACAAAUGCCAACCUGACUCUCUUUGAGUGCUGGAGCAGCUCAUCUAAUCAGAAUGAGAUGUUCUUUGGGGACCAGGUGGAGAAGUGCUACAAGUGUUCUGUGAAGCAAGGACAGACGCUUUUCAUUCCUACAGGAUGGAUCCAUGCUGUGCUGACCCCGGUGGACUGCCUUGCCUUUGGAGGAAACUUCUUACAUAGCCUUAACAUCGAAAUGCAGCUUAAAGCCUAUGAAAUUGAGAAGCGGCUGAGUACUGCGGACCUCUUUAAGUUCCCCAACUUUGAGACCAUCUGUUGGUAUGUGGGAAAGCACAUCUUGGAUAUUUUCCGAGGUUUGAGACAGAACAGGAGACACCCUGCCUCCUACCUGGUGCACGGUGGCAAAGCCCUGAACUUGGCCUUUAGAGCCUGGACAAAAAAAGAAGCUCUACCAGACCAUGAGGACGAGAUUCCAGAGACAGUACGGACCGUACAACUCAUUAAAGAUCUGGCUAGGGAGAUUCGCCUGGUUGAAGACAUCUUCCAACAGAACGUUGGGAAGACGAGCAAUAUCUUUGGGCUGCAAAGGAUCUUCCCAGCCGGCUCCAUUCCCUUAAACAGGCCAGCCCAUUCCACUUCAGUAUCCAUUUCCAGGCUGUCACUGCCCUCCAAAAGUGGUUCAAAGAAGAAAGGCCUGAAGCCCAAGGAACUCUUCAAGAAGGAAGAGCGAAAGGGCAAGGAGAGUUCACCUUUGGGGCCUGCUGGCCAGUUGAGCUAUAAUCUCAUGGAUACAAACAAUCAUCAGGCACUGAAGACAGGCUCUUUACCGAAAGCAAAGUUGAACAUCGCUGGUGCCUGCUUGAAUGACUCAGAGGAUGACUCGCCAGACCUGGACCUUGAUGGGAGCGAGAGCCCACUGGCUGUUUUGAUGGCUAAUGGCAGUACCAAGAAGAUGAAGAGCUUAUCCAAAUCUCAGCGAGCCAAGAUUGCAAAGAAGGCAGAGAAGGCUAGGUUGGUGGCGGAACAGAUGAUGGAGGACGAAUUUGACUUGGAUUCAGAUGAUGAGCUCCAAAUUGAUGAGAGACUAGGAAAGGAGAAGGCAACCCUGAUAAUACGACCAAAAUUUCCCCGGAAGCUACCCCGUGCAAAGCCUUGCUCUGACCCCAACCGAGUUCGUGAACCAGGAGAAGUUGAGUUUGACAUUGAGGAGGACUAUACAACAGAUGAAGAAAUGAUGGAAGGGGUUGAAAGCAAGCUCGGGAAUGGAAGUGGAGCUGGUGGAAUUCUUGAUCUGCUCAAGGCCAGCAGGCAGGUGGGGGGACCUGACUAUGCUGCCCUCAACGAGGCCCCAGCCUCUCCCAGCACUCAGGAGGCUAUCCAGGGCAUGCUGUGCAUGGCCAACCUACAGUCCUCAUCGUCCUCACCGGCUACCUCCAGCCUGCAGGCCUGGUGGACCGGGGGGCAGGACCGAAGCAGUGGGAGCUCCAGCAGUGGGCUGGGCACAGUGUCUAACAGUCCUGCUUCCCAGCGCACCCCAGGGAAGCGGCCCAUCAAGCGGCCAGCAUACUGGAGAACCGAGAGCGAGGAGGAGGAGGAGGAGAACGCCAGUCUGGAUGAACAGGACAGCUUGGGAGCAUGCUUCAAGGACGCAGAGUAUAUUUAUCCUUCACUGGAGUCUGAUGAAGAUGACCCUGCAUUAAAAUCUCGACCCAAGAAAAAGAAGAAUUCAGAUGAUGCUCCCUGGAGUCCUAAAGCCCGUGUGACCCCUACCCUGCCAAAGCAGGAUCGUCCCGUGCGUGAAGGAACCCGGGUGGCCUCCAUUGAGACAGGCUUGGCUGCUGCAGCGGCAAAACUGGCUCAGCAGGAGUUACAGAAGGCCCAAAAGAAGAAAUACAUCAAGAAGAAGCCUUUGCUGAAGGAGGUAGAACAGCCUCGCCCUCAAGACACCAAUAUCAAUGUGACAGUACCAGCCCCAACUCUGGCUGCUGUUCCCCCACCUCCCACCUCUUCUUCACCCCUGCCUCCUCCUGAACCCAAACAAGAGCCUCUGUCAGGAAGUCUUGCUGACCACGAGUAUACUGCUCGUCCUAAUGCUUUUGGCAUGGCCCAGGCAAACCGCAGCACCACACCUAUGGCCCCCGGCGUCUUCUUGACCCAACGGCGCCCUUCAGUUGGCUCCCAGAGCAAUCAGACAGGACAAGGAAAGCGUCCCAAAAAGGGCCUGGCCACAGCAAAGCAGAGACUCGGCCGUAUCCUGAAAAUCCACAGAAAUGGCAAACUACUUCUGUGAACUUGUUUAUGUCCCACCUCUCACCCUUACGCCCCCAUUGCCUUCUCCGUUGUCAACUCUCGGGGCACUCCUGGAUCCUGUCUGCCCUGGACAAGGUGCUGAGGUGCACAGUCCUGCUUUCUUUGGACUGACCAAAGGCACGGACUACCCCCACAAACCCCUUCCUCCAGUUACUCCCAAAUCCUUCCCCACUUCCGCUGGAGCAUCCUGCCUUCUUCUCUCCAUACCCUGGGUAUCAGGGAAAUAGAAAAGUUUUCUGGCUGAGUAGAGCCCACUUUUCUCGUCCUCCAACCCAGGUAGCUUCUACUGGCUUUGUCUGUCAUUUACUUUUGCCCCCCAAUCCCAGCCUGUCCCGGAGUUGGACGACAGGAUGUAGAGAAUCAUGAGAAGAGAGCUUGUACCCUCCGUGUUUCCCUGACCAUGAAGUAGGAGGUCCCAGUGCUCAGUACUUGCUGCAACUCAAGUCCUUUUCCGGAAGCCUGUCCACCUCUGUCGAUUCUUGCUUUCUUUUCCUCCCAAUCCAGUGGAUGUGCCCUGCCUCCAAACUUGUUCCUGAGAGAAGGCUAUGGUCUCUGCCCCCUCUUGCCAAAACUACAUGGAAAUAAAGAGGAGGGCCUAAUUUCUUCUUACUGCCCCCCACCCCCCGUGGGCCGUUUCCAGAUGUGGUCUACAAAGGCCAGCUUCACUUUUCCUUGGGGAAAAAAAGAAGAUGCCUGUCACUUUUACAUGGGACAAGAACAGACACCCAAGCCUUUGACCAUGAUUUUGUGGCCCAUUGGAAGAAGUUAUUUUUGACUGGCUAUAUUUGAACGCCCUUGUCCCUGGUGAACUCCAGGGAUUGCCUGGAUUUUGAGGUUCCGCAGAACAUGAUCCACGUACCUGUUGCUGGGCUCCAGCAGAUGCAAACCAUCUCCCAGCAACCUGAAAGUACCUGCCACUGAAGCACACAACCUAUUCCCUCCAGCUAUACCAGAGUCCAGCCUGGACCUUCCAGAGGGUGCGGCAGGACAGCCCACCUGUGGGAAACUCCAUGCCUUGUUCCCCAAUUGAGGUCUCCGUUUGAAGAAAACUCCAGGACUCGCAUUUUCACUUCUGGGUUUUUGCACUACUAAGCAACAGAUCAGCUCAACAUCCAAGCAAUGAAUGUACAGAUGGGCCAGUCAUGAGCCCAAGCCCAGAAGAGACACUCACAUAUGAAGAAAAGCAGACCAUUUGAUGAUCCUCCCUACCCUGCCUUCCCUUUCCUCUGUGGAUUGUCUCCAUUGUCCAGGCAGUGCCCCUGCCUCCCUUCUGUCUUGUCUGACUGGCAAUCUGGACUUCAUGGAGAACCCCCUUCCCCUCCAUUUGGACACUGUCCAAAUGGAGUGUGUCCGUGCUCUUCACCCUCACUCCAAGCUCGCCCCAGCUUGCUCAGUGCUUCUGGGGAAUUGAACAGCUACCAUGCAGGCCACAGGGAAUUUGUGAGGCUUCCUUUGUGUUCGUUGUGUCUCUAGUUUGUCUUUCUUUUCUCCAAAGCAUCAACUCUGCUCUCCUUCCUUGGAAUCAGGGGUCCCUUAGCUCAUUUGCUUUUUCUGCUUUGGGGACCCCAGGGGCCAAGCAGUCCUCCAUCUAGUCACACCAAAGGCAAAAAGCCUGGCUACCUCCCCCCUCCCCAGCACAUGAGGUCCGACUUCCCUCCCCCCUAUUCCUACCCAGCCUUGCUUAUCUUGGGGAUUUCAAAGGAGCAAAGAGGAGUGAGGGGAGGGCAGGAGAAGCUUCUGUCCCUGUGUAGGCAACUGCCCGACUGCCUGACUAGGCGCUGGCUGCUAUAACGAAGACCAGGUCCCCAGCCCAUUUGCCCGUUAACACCCACUCUCGAUCUUUCAGAAGGCAGCUAAUUGCUCGCAAAUCCCCUGGUUCCAGGCCUCUUUUCCUUCUGUUUCUUUGUUAGAAGUUUCUGUGGAGCUGAAUCCCAGCCUCUCUUUGACUGGGUUGUACUUAGUUUAGUUGGGUUCUCAGAGCCUCCUGUUUUGUUGUUUUGUGUUAUUUCCAAUGAAAAACCAAGUUUACCCUCAGAGUUAUGCUUUUCCAAAGAGGCUGGUGAUUUUUGUUUCUGUUUUCAUUUUUUUUUUUUUAAUGUUCCAGGUUCUAAGUGAAGUGAGUUGGAGAGGGGGUUGGAAAGUGGUAGUAACCAAGGGUUAGAACAUGAUGAAAUUGUUACCUCUGAUCUCCAAUCCUCAACAGAGAGCUGAGAGUUGGAUAAGAGGGCAGGGAGAGAGGAUUUCUAUUCAUCUUUAAUAUAUUUUUACAAACAAAGCAAACAAUUUAAAAACAAGCCCACCGCUUCUGUACAUGUCUAAAUAUAUUUUUAGAAGUGGGUAGGAUUGUGAAUUUCUGAUGCAGGGCCUUUUUAUAAAUAGGUUAGCGUAGCAUCAUCUGGACUUCUUGUUUUUCCCGUUUUUUUUUUUCUUAUGUUGUGUUACUAAUGUAAUUUAUAUUUUUUUUAGAUCCUCCCUUUCCUAUAGAGAUAAAAGUGAUUUAUCUUGGCAAUUGC